CAAUGAAUGCUAUGGACACCGAGAACGUUGAUUCAAUGGAAGGCGUAUUAGGCAUAAGAUCUUAUGUUCCCAAGUCCAAAGAUGUUGAAAAUUUUACAAUGCGAUUAAAAAGAAAUCUCCUUUCAAUGAAGCCAAACAUUUCGGUGAGUGAGAUUAGCAUUUUUUGUUUGUGGGCAUAUGAUACAAUUUGGGCAUUAGCCAUGGCUGUGGAGAAGAUUGAACUAACAAAUUCUAGCUUCUUAAACACUAGAACAAACACUUCAACAGAUUUUGAAAGAUUAGGAACUUCCGAAAUUGGUCCAAGACUUCUCAGUGAAAUCUUGAACACCAAAUUCAAUGGAUUGAGUGGGGAAUUUCAUUUGGUUAAUGGACAGCUGAAAACUACUUCACCCUUUGAAAUAAUCAAUGUGAUUGCUGGAAAAGGAGUAAGAGUAGUUGGAUUCUGGACGCCUGAUAAAAGAUUAACUAAAAAAUUAGUUUCAACUUCGUCUAGCAACGGUUUGAAAAAGAUUAUAUGGCCUGGAGACUCCACAACAAUUCCUAAAGGUUGGGCUAUUCCUAAUUUAAAGGUAGGGAUUCCAGUGAAAGAAGGUUUCAAACAGUUUGUUAAGAUGCAUAAGGAUCGCCAUACAAACGAGACGACUUUCUCAGGAUUCUGCAUAGAUGUUUUCCGAGCUGUGUUGAACGCAUUAGAUUUCAAGAUUUCUUAUGAAUUUGUUCCCUUCAUGAAUGAUACAGGUGGGAUGAAUGGAACUUAUGAUGAUCUUCUCCAGCAGAUUGAGGAAAAGAAGGUUCAUGCUGUGGUGGGAGAUACAACGAUUGUGACGAACCGGACGUAUUAUGUUGAUUUCACAUUGCCAUAUUCGGAGUCAGGAGUGACCAUGCUUGUUCCAGUUAAACAUGAUAAAAGCAAAACCAUUUGGAUUUUCUUUCAACAACCUUGGAGCUUGGAUCUUUGGUUAACCGCCAUUGCUACUUGCAUCUUCAUAGGGCUUGUCUUACGAAUUCUGGAGCACCGUAAUAAUAACACAGAGCUUGGAGGGCCACUUAAUCGACAGCUCGGCAUGAUCUUAUGUCUUCCAUUCUAUGCUCUGACCCUUCCUGAAAAAGAGCUGGUGGCCAAGGGCUCCUCGAGGUUUGUGCUGGUCAUAUGGUUAUGUGCGGCAUAUAUCCUGAUGCAAAGUUACACAGCAAGCUUAUCUUCUGUCCUGACAGUAGAUAAAUUGAAGCCAAAAAUUGUUAGUGUGAAAGAGCUGCAAAGCAAAGGUUACUAUGUUGGAUACCAAUCUGAUUCCUUUGUAAAAGAUUUAUUAGUCCAACAAUUGAAAUUCAACGAGACUAAGCUCAGGCACUAUGGGAAAGUACAAGAAUAUCAUGAGGCCUUGUCGAAAGGAAGCGAAAAUGGAGGUGUUGCUGCCAUCUUCGAUGAAGUUCCCUACAUCAGGGUUUUCCUUGCAAACAAAAAGUAUAGUUCAAAUUAUAUGAUGGCUGGGCCAACUUAUAGAACUGAUGGAUUUGGCUUUGCAUUUCCAAGAGAUUCCCCUUUGGUUUCUUCUUUUUCUAGGGCGAUAUUAAGAGUCAUGGAGCAGGGAAAUAUAAUGGACAACAUUGAGAAACAGUAUUUUGGGCACAAAAUUAUAUCUCUUGAUCUAACUCCUCCAAUCUCCACAGACAAUUCUAGUCUUGACGCCUAUAGUUUUGGAGGCCUCUUCAUCAUUGUGGGGACUCUCAGUUUGUUGGCUCUCCUCAUCUCAGAAAGCUAUAUUUGGCAGAAACCUGCAGUUGCACUGGCUCAAAUAUUUAGCAAAACAUUUCCUUCAUCUCAGCCUUCCAAUGGGAAUAAAUCUGAAAUUCAGAUAGCUCAAAUGGAUCAUGUUGGUGGAGAUUCGUCUGAAGUAGAAGGUUCAGGGAAUAUUCAAAGGAUUUCCGCCAAAGAAAAUGAAGCAGAGAAUGUUGAUGCUGAGCCAUCAUAGCUUGGUUCUUGAUAUAACUAUGUUAAAGUCCAAAUUUCAAGAUAAUUU